AUGGGAGAUAUUGAAAUGACGGACAUUGCACCCGAUGACUCUAUCUUAGACACUAGCAUUCCACUAGACGAUAUUACUCCAUUUAAAGUGAAGGAGUUCAUAAGUGACGAAGAUGCAUACAACUAUUAUAUUGCUUAUGGAAAGAAGAUUGGGUUUGGAAUUCGCCAAGGCACUUUGGAGAAGUCAAAGAAGGCUUCAGGGGAGAUUCUUUCCAGAACAUUUGAAUGCAAUGAAGCACGGAGAAAGAAUGUGCCAAGGGAAAAUGAAAGUGGAAUAAUUAUCAACCGCCGUCCGGAAACUAGAAUUAAUUGUGUUGCAAAAAUGAAGAUUAGGAUGACUUCUUCAUGCAUUAACAAGUCCCGACAAAGUAGCUCAUCAUUAUUCUCACAAGCAACAGCGUCGAUCAAAGACUUAUAUUUUCAAGAUAGGAGGGAAUCGGAUCCAGAUUUCUAUUUUGUCAUGGAGGUCGAUCAUCUUGGUACUAUGAGGAGUGUGUUCUGGGCUAAUGGAAGAGCUAGAGCAUCUUAUUUGAGUCUUGGAGAUGUGGUAGUAAAGCAUAAGGAUGAGCAACAAGUGAAGUUGAAGAGCAAAUACAGGGAUGAGAUGCCUACAUAUUUCAAUAAUUGGUAUUAUGCUAAAAAUAUAAGCAAGUGUGAGGAGUUGUGGAAAGUCAUGAAGGAGAAAUUUAGCAUAGAUGAAGAUGAAGAUGAAGAUAGUUGGCUAACAAGAAUGUAUAAUUUGCAUAAACAUUGGGUGGAUGCAUACUUGAACGAUUGUUUUUGGGUGGAAAUGACAAUAAGCCAAAGGAGUGAAAUUAUCAAUGCCUUUUUCGAUGGCUUUGUCAAUGCAAACACUAGUCUUGUUGAGUUUGUGGGCCAAUAUGACAAGGCAGUGGCAACUCGUCAUGGAUCAGAAUCCCAUGAAGACUUCAUGACUUUGAAUAUCAUGCCCGUGAUGAGUUUCUCAAGUCCAAUUGAAGCACAAGUGGGAAGGACAUACACGAGGGUGAUCUUGAAGAUGUUUCAAAAGGAGCUUGGUGAUGUGAUGUCCUUACAUUAUGAAGAAACAUCGAUGGAGGAGUUAAAAGUUGUAUAUUCGGUUGGCAAGUAUUUCGAUGAAAGAAAAAUUAGGAAGAGGUAA